GGCAUAGCCUGGUUUAUUAUUAGACAGACACAGCAGAACGACAGACGAAAAAGAGAAACUGCAAGAAACGCUAAAAAACAACACAGAAAAAGAGGAGAGAGAGAGAGAGAGAAAUGUGCAGCGCAGAGCCGAGGACGGAGGAAGAGAGAUGGUUUUGCCUUUGCAGAGGAAACUGGAAAGUGCGAAAUUCAUCACUCGAGUCAUGAGCUGCUUCUGCUGCUGCUCUACUUUGCUUUUUCUCGUCAAUUGGUAAUUGCUUCUUCUGAUUUGUCUCUGAAUCUUCUUCUAUCUUUUGAUAUGGCGGAAAUGUACGACCACCACACCCCCUCUUCACCCCCACCUCAUCCGCCGGCUCCUGCCACUGCUCCUCCUCGUCCUCCGUCCGUUGAAUCAGAUGAAAUCUCUCUAUUUCUCCAUCAUCUCCUUCAGUCUUCUUCCUCUCCCUGCGUUUCCUCCGACAGAGCCAAGCAAAUGCAUUUUUUUUCUCCUGCUCCUCUUCCACUUCCUCUUCCUCCUCCGCCUUUGUUCUCUUCGUCCUCGCAAACUACAUCCACCGCAAGAUUCUACGAUUCUCUGCCUGAAAGUCAUCUCCGACCAUGCGGAUCAGCUUUUCUCCCCAAUUCUGACUGCCGGGUCAGGGAUGGAAGCUCCACGGCUGAGUCCUCCGUCGCCGUCGGCUCUUCUUCCUUGAUCCUGUCUUCUUCUGGCCUUGAUUUGAAAGAGACCACAAGUACAACUUCCGCUGGAGCUGGUAGUGACCAUGAUGCCGCGGCGACGGCAUCGCUGAAGAGGAGAAAGGUCCCCACGGAUUAUGAUCUCGACGAUUAUGAUUGCGAUAGUGAGGAGGGUCUUGAGGCGCCUGAGACAGCGGCAAAGCCAGCUGCACCUCGUUCUUCUUCGAAGAGAAGCAGAGCUGCUGAAGUUCAUAAUUUGUCCGAAAAGAGGCGGCGGAGUAGGAUUAAUGAGAAAAUGAAAGCCUUGCAGAACCUAAUUCCCAAUUCUAACAAGACAGACAAGGCAUCAAUGUUGGAUGAAGCCAUUGAAUAUCUCAAGCAACUUCAGCUACAAGUUCAGAUGUUGUCAAUGAGAAACGGAUUGAGUUUACAUCCCAUGUACGUACCUGGAGUAUUGCAGUCUAUACAGAUGCCACAAAUGCAAAUGGGCUUUGGGGAUGGAGAGAGACCAAUGCAUAUGCCCAUGGGAACAGGCACACUGCCUGUGAACGAGGAAGCCUCAACACAAACUACAUUUGGUCUGUCCAGUCAACAUCCAACUCUGCAAAAACCAGUAGUCUUACCCAAUGUGACGAAUAUCACGAAUUCAGGAACCUCAUUUGGGAUGGAUUUACAUGUUCAGACACACCAUGGACCAUUUCAGCUCUCUUCUGCUUCUGAGGAAUUCUACAGGGAAGGCUUAUUGCAUCAACAACGGCUAGAUAUGAGGCAGUCUGUGAGGAACUCAUCAGAAAACAAGGAACCCAUGACAACAGCAACUCUGCCUUUUGAUGUACAAGCAUCAGUUAUGCUGGAACCCAACUCUGUGGAAGGUUGCAUUUUGCAGAGAGAAGGAUCAAAAGAUGUGCUCCCCGAGGAUGUAAAUAAUAGUCAGAUGCUCAUUCAACAUAUGCGUGGCUUACAGACUGGAAGAGAGGUGUCUGAGGAAAACGAGACAACCCCGGAUUACUGAAGUUGGCAUGUCAGACUCCAGACUCAUCGCUGAUAGAUUGGGUUUUGAUGUAUUGAAACUUAAACAGGAGGCAAUCUUCAUUGUGUUUUGCAAUGUUCAGUAUUUGUUCAUCAAUCAGAUAUUGUUUUUGUCUAACAUCAUGAGCAAUCUUACUCUUGCAUGAUUGGUUUUCCUCCAGCCUACAGACUGGAAGAGCUGUGUCUGGAAAACAAGACAACCCCGGAUUACUGAAGUUGGCAUGUCAACUCAUCACUGAUAGGUCGGGUUUUGAUGUAUUGUAACUUAAACGGGAAGCAAUCUUCACUGUGUUCCGCAAUGUUCAGUAUUUGGAUGCAAUGCCUCACAGAGUAGGGAUGGAACAAGAUUCAGUGCACAUCCCUCGGAGGUGCUCCAACAUUUUUCAGUAGAAUAGAUGAAAUAUAGGAUUGUUCAUAUGUA